AUGUAUGAGACUCAUCCUCCUGGCCGCUUCCCUGAGAGAAAACGGGGAGGAGCAGGAAUCUGGCAGCUGCUCCAGCCUUCACCCCAUUGGGUGCACCCCCAGUCUGCCUUCCCUACAUUUGAUUCCAUCCGGGACUCCCUCCGGGUCUCCGGGGGGCCUCUGAUCCGCCUGUGGACACAGAGGUUGGGCAUCCGGCACAAGGCCCCUGGGGCUAAGGACAGACCGCAGCCAUCGGCACCCACCAAGGAGCCCCCCGUGGAGGGCAUGGGGGUGGGCCGCCCCACCAGAGCAGUGACCCUGACCUCCCAGCAUCCUGAACAGAAGGCCCACGUGCGCGCCCAGCUGUUGCAGCCUCGGGUGACCCCCGAAGGUGAGUACAUACCCCUGGACCACCGGGACGUGGACGUGGGCUUCGAUGGCGGCACGGAUCGCAUCUUCCUGGUGUCUCCCAUCACCAUCGUGCACGAGAUCGACUCCUCCAGUCCCCUCUAUGAGCUGGGGCGUGCGGAGCUGGCCCGGGCCGACUUCGAGCUGGUGGUCAUUCUCGAGGGCAUGGUGGAGGCCACGGCUAUGACCACGCAGUGUCGCUCUUCCUAUCUCCCCGGUGAGCUGCUCUGGGGCCAUCGUUUUGAGCCCGUCCUCUUCCAGCGUGGCUCCCAGUAUGAGGUGGACUAUCGCCACUUCCACCGCACUUACGAGGUCCCGGGGACACCCGUCUGCAGCGCCAAGGAGCUGGAGGAGCGGGCAGAGCGGGAUUCCCACAGCCCCAAGCCUAGCUUCCCUGACUCGCUGACUGCAUUUUGUUACGAGAAUGAACUCGCUCUGAGUUGCUGCCGGGAGGAAGAGGAAGCCAAGGAGGGAGAUGAGUCGGAGGCAGAAGAGGGGGCUGCCAGCCCCCGAGUACUCACCCCGACCCUGUCUCUGACCCUGCCCCCAUGAGGCCAGCUGCUGUCCCCCAUUUGUAUCCCCUUCCCAGAGGUAGCAAAACGGAGAGCCCGGGCCCUCUCCUGGGACCGACGGGCCUGCUGGGUAAAUUAUUAGCUGGUGAAGUUCUGCCUGCCUAGUGGACCCACCGUGGACACACUGGAUCUGAAUUCCUCUGCGUUGUGUGCUCCCGCCUGAGACCCCUGUAUCGGCCUGAUUCCUGAGUCUCACCAGAGCUAAGGGAUCCAGGAUUCUGGACCACCCAAGAGGCAAGGACUGGUGGUUCUAGAUUCUUCUAUAUGGCUGGCGUGGGUUGUUGAGCAGGGUCCGGAAUCAGGGAAUCAGUGACAUAGACUGCCUCUGGGGCGAGAAGUCAGCAGUUCUCAACCAGCAAAUGAGAUCGAGAGUUUAUAGGCCUGGAUUGGUUUAAUAUUCAAAGGACUCUUGCGUCUUGGCUCAGCCAACCAAAAAGCAAGUCAUCUUUUUCGAGACCACCUCAGGAGGAAAAAGUAUGGAACGCUCCAAGAAUUCAGGACUAACUUGAUUGACCUGGAAUGUUGACUGCCAGUCAAGAAAAGACCUGUGAUUCCAGAAAGCCCAUGUUUUGAGAUUGUUCAUC